GUCUUCUUUCCAGACCAUUCUCUCUAGAGCCUCUCUUACGAGUCUUACUAGGUCUUAGUUAGGUCCCCAGGUGUUGAAACUAUAUCAACGUUGGGCCAGCUGCCAAGACCAGGUGCAUUAAGAGUCUGAGAACUUAAACCCGUCUGAGGAGAAAAGCUUGAAAGUCUGCUCCGCUUUUCUACGUGGCACUCCCUGCGGCAUGUGAAUUGCCCCGGCUUCUCUCAGCUUGUCGAUAGUCGGAGGACUCAUAACUUUCUUGGAUUUUGGUGUAAAAGCAGGUUGUUGUGGAGGUAGGGAUUGGGUGACGUGCAUGAACAAACCACUGCCGGAAUAACCUGCUAGGGCACUGUCUCCACCAUUUUGCAGGGCUUGCGGGCUUGCCAACCAGAGAGCCAUUUCAGAGGGCACGGUACAAUCACUGGGAUGUAGGCAACCUCACGGACCCCGCAGGCGGGAGGGUGCACUUGCGGGGAAUAAGGGACGGGGCCAUAGGCUCAGGGGAGGGGCACUCUGCUUGACACUGAAAACGAUUGGAAGAUUGCGAGCGCUUCCCCUGAGGAGUCUUCCGCUUGGAAACGCGACAUUUCCUCUUCUUAGGUCUGCAAGUCCCCUCAAGGCAACAGAACAGCUGAGGCUGAAAGAAGGCAAGAGCGCGUAAGUGCCAGACGCUAGCUGAGCACUAUCUGACGUUCAGACAAGACCUGCUCAAAGAGUGCUGCGCUUGUUCUGGGGAGGGCCAGCAGGAACAGGCAGUGUCUACUCGUUUGGCGGGAAGGGAGCCUUGACCCGCGGCAGCGCACUUAGACAUAGCGGCUAGCAUUCGCUCACACUGAAGGGGCUGUAGCCGCCAUGUCUAUGCGGACCGACGCCAACUCUGGCUUGCCAGCGACUGGGGCGCCCAAGGGGCGCAGCGGACUCAUCCAGAGUGCCAUCCCGACCGCAAUCUCGAGCUCCUGGAAGUACCUGAAGAACGUUGGAGGCGGUUCGGGGGUGCUCGGGGAGGACGCCGGCGCGGCGCCACUUGGCGCCCCUAGGAUUGGUGUCUCUGUGGAGGAUACUAAAAAGAAGGAGCAGGUCCUCUGGGCGAGCUUCGACUCCCUCGACAUUGCCCCCGGCACCUCCCUCCGCGUCCUCCUCCUCACCUACUCCAACGGCUUCCAAGCAUGGGACGUCCACGAGGCCGGAGACGUGCGCGAGCUCGUCUCGCGCCGCGACGGCCCCGUCGCCUGCUUACGCGUCCUGCCGCACCCCCUCGCCCCCGAGCCCGAAGACAGCCCGCUCGCUGGGGCGCGCCCCUUGCUUGCUGUUGUGGCGGGGGGGGAGGGGUUUAGGGGUUUUGACCAGGCAGAGGAAGGGGAGAGCGAGGGGGGCGCGAGGUCGGCGGUGCGGAUGUACUCGCUCCAGAGCCAUGCGUAUGUCCACGCGCUGCGGUUCCGGACGCCGGUGCUGGGAGUGCAGGCCAGCAGGAGGCUCGUGGCGGUGGCGCUGUCGGCACAGAUCUACUGCUUCGAUGCCGCGACCCUGGACAACACCUUCAGCGUCCUAACCUACCCCGCCCCUCAGCUGGCCCCCGGAAUGACACAGCCUCAGCAAGGGGCGAUGGCGCUUGGUCACCAGUGGCUGGGUUACGCCGCUAACCAACCCCUGAUAACCCCAACCGGGCGCGUCUCCCCCCAGUGCCUCUCGACGCCUUCCCCAAGCCCGUCAAGCUCUCCAGCCACCCCCGGAAACGCCGUCCAUCUAGUUGCCCACUACGCCAAGGAGUCUAGCAAACAACUAGCGGCGGGAGUGAUCUCUCUGGGCGACAUGAGCUACAAGACGCUCAACAACUACGUGCGCGAGCUGAUGCAGCCCGAGAGCGGGGCGCAGUCUGCAAACGGGGGGCCUGCGAUGCAGCCUGGGGCGGCCCCUGCCGGGGCCCCGAACGAGCAGGAGUAUGCGGGGACAGUCAUCAUUCGAGAUGUGGUGACGCGCAAUGUCGUUGCACAAUUUCGUGCGCACACGAGCCCACUUUCUGCUCUCGCUUUCGACCCCAGCGGAACCCUAGUUGUAACUGCCUCGGUUUGCGGGCACAGCCUGAAUGUUUUCCGGAUAACCCCUCAGUCGAAGGGCGUUAAUCCGUCCAGCCUGGGAAGCAACGGGGAGACGCACUCCACCGCCCACUUGUACCGGUUACAUCGAGGGUUAACCAACGCGGUUAUCCAGGACAUCCGUUUCAGCAGCGACUCUGAGUGGGUUGCCGUGAGCACGACACGUGGCACGACCCACAUGUACGCCGUCUCGCGCUUUGGCGGCCACGUCGGCCCCUCAACGCACGUGCGAACGCCCGACCGCUCUGGCCAACCGCCCACCGCCACCUGGCACUCUGCAAACGGUUCCCAAGGGGGAUCCCCUCCUGGAGUGACCCUCUCCGUCGUCGCUAGGAUACGGAAUAGUAACGGGGGAUGGCGAGGUUCUGUCACUGGGGCCGCGGCGGCGGCCACAGGCCGAGCGAACAUGAUUGCGGGCGCCGUCGCGACGUGUUUCCACAGCGGGCGCGCGAAAAUCGCACUGGAGGAGCGCGCGGCAGGAUUUUUGGAAGAGCAGCUCUACGUACUCUCGCCGCAGGGGUACCUGCUGCGUUACUGGCUGCGGCCGUUCAUCGGGUGCGACAGCAGCUCGGCGAACGCCCCCGAAGUUUUAAAGCUGGCCAUUGAGCCAAGGGAACGGUGGGACGUUUGCCGGCGCGUCAGCUGGGUGGAGCGGGAGGAGCGCGUGACAUACCGAGCGGACGGAGCUGACGGUUCCGUUCUGGGGGGGAGCGAGAUUGGGCCGGUGGAAAGGGGGGUGCAAACGGGGGAAGACGGGUUUUUGGUCAAGGCGGAAACGGGGCCGGCAGUUAGCGGGAUUGUGUCCGGGGUGAAUGGGCCCGCUAAAGAGAAUGGGCUCGUGCAUGAAAACGGGCCGGGUGUGAAUGGGCUCGUGAGUGUGAAUGGGCUCAGUGCGAUCGGCCUUGAGGGGCGGGGGGUGAACAGCCCACCAAUGGGCUCUCAGAAGUUGUUUGAUCAGCGCCCUCCGAGGCACGAUUCCGCUGGUCGGGGGGGUGGGUUGAACGAGCUCUUGUUGGGUUCGGGUUCGUCGAACGGUUCGUUCUCACCUAAGAAGAAGAAUAAGCAGACAGCUGGUGUGAAUGGUCCGGCGAACGGGCCUUUCGGGGGCCCGUGGGGGAAGACGCCAAACGGAAAAGGGCCGUGGUUGUCAGCGGAAAAAAUACCUGUAGAGAACGGACACGUGGCUGAGCCGGAGCGAGAGGUGGUGCGGCAUCUGCUGGACGGGGAUCCCUUCGACGACCAGAAUAGUGAAGGUUCAUUCGAGGUUUCCCAACCCAGCUCGCCUCCCUCCUCCUUCGAGUCCCCUCGGUACCUCCUACAAAAGCACUUCGCCAGCAGCCCAAUUCCGGGGCCUUUUCUGACUCCCGCCAUGCUCAACCAGCGCCCGGGGCGAGUUCCCCCGGUUCCCGUCCUAGACCUAGACAGCGAGGGAUCCCUCGCAACCAACCCCCCGAGCACGUCCGGGGACUCCGUCGAGUCGCCCAGCCCACCCUCCCCAAGCCCUCGUACUUCUCCGGUUUGUGCAAGUCCAAAGGAUGCCCUAGAGGUAGGGUCGAAAGCGACUCGGGGGGGUGGUGAUGCGGCGACAACGCCGCCCGCAAAGCCACGCACGGGCCUCCUUUUUGCGCUGUCGGAAGCGGAGAAGGGGGAGAAGAGCCCUCUGGAAGCAAGUAACGUCAGCCCAGACCGACCCCCCGGGAAGGGGCUGAACGGGUUGAAUCUCAAUGGGCUCUCGCUCGGGGGGGCUCCUUCGCUCUGGAAGGAACUAGACGGGGCUAGCGAUCGCACCGAGGACGAGAGUGGUGAUGUCGAAGACGGGGGUUUCUUGAGCCCUAUAGUACAGAGCGGCUUGGAUUCGUCGAAGAAGAAGGCCGGGGGCCAGUUUAAGGAUGCAACGCCCGGAAGAGAAGACUCUUCGCCCAAGAGUCGGAGAGGGGUUGACGUCAUGAGCCGUAGGGAUGCUGACGUCAGCAGCGGGAAGGCCGGGAAAGGGAGCGGAAAAGCGGGGGACGACAAGGGCGGGCUGCUGGGCGGUUUGAGGGGCCUGAUGAGCAGCGGGGCGCAGGGGCUAGCGGCGGCAGUGACCGCCGUGGGGGGGGCGCCUCCCAGGGAAAGUCUCCUGGACAUGGGGACCCCUGUGGCAGUGGAAAAGUCUGCGAAGGUCUACCAGCACCCAAUUCCGGUGGGCGAUAGGAAGAAGCCCGCGCCGCGCUCCGUGCGGCGCGUCCCUCGGGGGGGUGGCGAAGCAAAGACGAGUCCAGUCGUGACAGGUGGCAGCCGGGGGAUGUCGCCAGCUGGCAGCCGGGGAGUGUCGCCGGUGGGCAGCCCGGGGGGUUUCGGGGGAUCCCCUGUGGACCGUUGCACGACGCCAAAUCUGAUGGACAAGCGGGGGAAGCUUCUGGGGGGGCGCAAUGGGGAGCGGAGUUACUCGUCGGAGAACCUGCAUGCUGAGGAAGGGCCAAUUUUCACGGGGGCGGUGGCAGAGGCCAAGGCGGGUGUGAACAGGGCCAAGAAGGGCUCGGGGGACGAGAAGGAUCUUUUGGGGGGUGACUGGCAAGAGGAGUCAAAGCGGGGGGGGACGGGGGAGGUCAGCAUGGACGGGUGGGAGCAGCAGGGGUUUCUAGAGGGGUUCUCGUUCAGCGAAGAGGAUUGAAGAAGAGUGUAAAAGCAGACCGGCCACGAACCUGAUGGGCCGGCAAACUUGCCUACCUUUCUGACAUGAUGUGUACAAUACGAAGCCUUUGGACGAGCCGCGGGCUUUCAGACGGCAGAUGAGUUUCUGCACGUCGGUGGAUCGAGGUUGAGAGGCGCCUGACUUGGGAGAUUCCUUCGUGGCACGAACUUGCAGCGCAUUCUUUCUUAGAUUCGACGAGGCGAUGGUAUUUGUCGCCUUCUCUCUUCCAGCCAACCUUCAGAAAAUUGGUUUCUUUAGCCCUUAGUCAAUCUAGUGGUGGUUGUAAUACGGCUGGUAGGUAUAGUCUUCCUCUGGCGCCUCUUGGUCCGGAAAGACAGAGCAAAGGUUCAUUGCGUACAUAUUUGCAUGGUAGGAAUGAGGACGAGAUCGAAUUGGGCCGAAGAGCUCGGAUCGGACUUGGUAGGUUGUACAUAUUGGUACACUCAUUAAUUACACUCUUAAAAAGACGGAAUUGAAACGACUUGAUCUUGAAAACCCGUCUUAACCUUCCAU